CACUUUGCGUGAGCACAUCACGUCGCUGCAAAACACUAAGGUUGCUGUCACUUGCAGUUUUGCUCCUCAAAACGCGAGAAGAAAAAUGUCCAAGGAAGAUGAUUACAAAGAGGACUUUGGCUAUGAUAAAAUGUCUACAUUGGAACAAGGAAAACAAGACAAUGCAAGUUACACCACCGAUGUUCAAUCCAGUGAUCUUCAGCUGAACAGAAAAUGUCAUACUUGUUUUCAUCAUAGGGGAUGGAUCUACAGUCUGAUGAUUGGGAGUUGUCUCCUGAUAAUUACUGGUUUCUCCGUUUAUCUGGGGAAUGUAUUUCCUGAUGAAAUGGACUACUUGCGUUGUGCAGCAGGUUCAUGUAUUCCUGCAGCAGUUGUCAGUUUUGCCACAGCUAAGAAAAGAGUUAAUGCAUUACCACACCUCCAGCUUCUCUUCAUCUCCACAUUCACUAUAACAACAACAUGCAUGAUUUGGUAUGGGUGCAAACUACUCCUCAAUCCAGCUGCAUUGAAUAUAAACUUUAACUUGCUUUUACUUGUACUUCUGGAAAUUCUCAUGGCAAGUAAAGUCAUCUUGUCAGCAAGAUCGGAUGCUAGGUGCUGUAAGAAAAAGAAAGUGUUGCCUUACAAUGAAACAAUCUUCUUUUGUCACAUAAAGUUUCCGUCUCGUACUUUGAAGUCCUAUUCGGUGGUUGAAGUGAUUGUGGCGAUUUGUGCAGUCUUUGGUGGAAUUAUUGCUCUAAAUAUGGGUGCCCUGGUCCCUGGGCCCUACCUCUCUGUGACAUUCUUCUGGAUUUUGGCUGCAUGUUUUCCUGGUGCUAUUGCAAGCCAUGUCGCAGCAGAAUACCCAUCCAAGUUCAUGAUCGAGGUCUUAAUUGCUAUCAGCAGCGUCACAACUCCAAUGCUGUUUACUGCGUCUGGCUAUCUAUCCUUCAGCAUUAUGAAGUUCAUUGACAUCUUUCGGCAGAGUUCAACAAAUUUGUUUCAGUCGUAUGAUAUUCUGGUUUUUGUUCUGAUGCUUCUGUUACUGGUUCAGUCCAGUCUCAUGCUUGCCACAUUUGUCCACUGUGUGAACUACAAGAUGCAGCUUAAAUAUUAUGAGUCAACGUGGAAUAUGUCAGACUUCCAAAAGGGGAGCUGCAAGACAGUUGAGGUUUCCAAAUCUGUCACAAAGGACUUUGACAAAGACAAGGCGUGGAAAGCAGUCAUGGUUCAAAUGGUGCAGUAAUAACAAGGUGGAUGUGCCUUCAAAUUUAUCUCACCAACAUUGACAUGUAAUGGCUUCUUCAUCCACGGGUGACUUCUGAACAUGACAUACCACCCAAUGUGAAAGCUUUAGGUAAACGUUGUAAAUAACGCCAUUUAUGUUAAUUUGAUUCGAAUUUCUAUACCAGACUGACAUUAACAAAUGAGUCUGUAUCUUUUAAAAUUAAUUUCACAUGAGUUAACUGAAAGAUAACAUUUUCUAUUGCUUUGAUGUACACAGUAGCUGAUUUUUAUAUAGGUUUAUUUUGUAUUGUGUACAGGAAUAACUGGGAAAAAGAUAUAAGCAAUGAUGAAGACUAAUUUUGUUUAUUGGUGGAAAAUAGAGCAAUAAAAAUUGACACAGAAAAUACAAAUCGGCAUUAUAAUAUUAAGUAAUAAUUGACAUGCCCAGUUGCUACAUUCCCACCUUUGUUUUGCAAAUUUGUAGUCUGUUUUAGUUAAAGAGUAAGUAUGGUAGUUAGGGAAGAAAUAAUAGUCUUAAAAAUAAAUUAUAAAGUGCUGAAAUGUGUAUCCAUGAGGAUUAGUUUGAGCUGUCAAACUAGAAUGCCGGGAAUCUCCGCAUCAUGUUCUGUAAGCAUACUUUGAGUAGCUUGGUUUCUUUUUUUUUUGUUUUUUGUUUUUUUUGUUUAUUUUAUUAGAAGUUAAUACAGCACAAAACAGUACAGUGGAACCUAAUUUUAGGUGCCAACUAUGUAAUACCGUAGUCCAUUCUAUGUACAACCUCUAGUUUUAUGUUAUGAGAAGGAAGUAAGCAAGACAAGAAAAAGAAAACAAUAGAAAGAGGAAAAAGUGGAAAAAUAGAUGGUAGAGAGUAGAAAAAUGUGAAGUGUGUAUAUAAAAAAGAAAAAAGGAAGAGAGGAAGUGGAAAGUAGAAAUAGAAGAGAAGGCCCCUUAAAAGAGAAUUUUUCAAAUCUACAGUAGCUUUGUUUCUGAUGGAUAUAAAACUUGUUAUAAGAAAAUAGAAGUAAGAGUGUUGCGGGAGAAUUCAAUCUUGAUAUGGCUGGAUGAGGUGUAAACAAAAAGCUUAUAUUUCAUGCACCACACAGCCUAGCUGUGACCCUCACCCUGCUCUCAACAGUAAUAUAGCAAGCAACGUUUUUGUAAAUUUCUUUGGGACAUGUACCCAUUAUGUACACAAUAUUCCUGAUGUGAUCUCACAUCAGGCCUUCUGUUCUUGUGGUAAAACUACUCUUUAAAUCCUCUUUUGAUAUAGGCCAAUGUACCUUUUUAAUUGCAUCCUAACUAUGAGUUAUCCAUUCCUUGCAAAACCAUCUCAUUCAAGAUCAUAGGAUGCAGGUGAUGAGGAUUUAGGGAUUUAUUGGCUUUCAGCUCCAUUCAUUUCUAUCUUUUUUUAAACUAAUAUUAAUUUAUUUCACUUCCCUAUUCUGGCUCCAACAUUCCCCACUGUUUUGGGGAGGUUUUCUAUCAUUUUGCAUGAACACAGCCAAGAUAUUUGUUUACUUUCUCUUUCAUUUCUUUAUUCCCUUAUAUAAUUUCUCCUAUCUAAGUCUGUAGGGCAUAUGCUAAUAAACUUUAUUCAUAUUUAUAGCAGUUUUAUGCUUAUUGGUCUUUAGCUCUUGUGUUCUAUUUUUCCUUAUCAAUUUCUUGGUCUUUUCCAAAAUUUGAGAAUUUCCCAAUUUUUAGGUUAGCUGAUUUUUCUUGGCAACAGUGUAGGACUUUCCUUCGAUCUAAUACUGUCAUCAACUUCCCUUGUUAACCAUUGAUCUGCCACUUUUAUUGAUUUGCAUUCAUCUAUUCCUGAACGAAAACUAAUGAUCUGUCACAGACAAAUUUAAGUAUUAUACAGACACACUGAAAACAACAGAAUUGUGGGAUACAGUGGUGCAAUUGUUAUCUGACAAGGACAUGGCAUCUGAAUGUGAAUAAUACUACAGAACUUUGACACAACAGUUCAGUCCCUGCCCUGUGUCUGGUGAUACUGGGCCUGUAUAAAAAUCACAUUGUGACAAAAUCUGGUGAGAGAUCAUGCGGUAAGGACUGCGAUAAGCUUGGUUUGUGGUCCCUAUUAUUAAUGAUGUCUGCAUAUUUCAUUCCUCAUCCAACAAUGAUUCAUCUACAAUUUCUGUGGUAUCCUCUAGCAUGAAGUUUUUUUUUUACCUGGUUGGGGAAUGAGGAUAGGGUGGGUAUGGUUGUGGGCGUUGGUAGCGGUAAAUAAUAUUUAUGCUUAUAUUGCUGCUCCAUUCAUGGAAACAUACUGGUAGGAGACAAAAAGCAGCUCCUAUGUUGUAAUUGUGCAGAAGUGUUGAUAACUACGAUGUAUAGCUCAAAUUUUAAUGACUUCAUUUUUCUUUGCUGUCCCUUAUGUUUCUGUUUCUGCAGUUUGAAAGUUGAUGAUACUUUAUUUUAGUUUGUUGGGUUAAUCUAAAUUGUUAUGUCUUUGCUUAAUGAUCAUAUUUAUCCUGUAAACUCUGAUAAUUUGAUGGUAUGGUCUAUUCAGGGUGACAAUAAAAACAAUUUGAUUAAACUCUUUCCUCAUC